GAAAUGAAUUCCACUCUCCUCUUACGGCCGGCCAUUCGUACUGUUGCCACUGCCAAUAAGACGCUUCAAGUCCCAACCUUUCAAAGCCGCAGAAAGAGCACCAUCUCGUCCCUGAUGGCCGGCCGCGACCCCAAGCCCACCGCUCCGACCAUCGGGGGAUUCCUCGCGAAGAAGCCCUACGAGCCCCCCUCCUGGGCUUCUCAUCUCAAUCCCAUCCCCUCCCACACCUUCUCUCUCGGUCACCUUCCCACUCCAAUUCACAAAUGGAACCUUCCCAAUCUGCCAGAAGAUACUGAAGUGUGGAUAAAGCGUGAUGAUCUUUCAGGAAUGCAAUUGAGCGGGAACAAAGUUAGAAAGUUGGAAUUCUUGAUGGCCGAUGCUGUGGCUAAUGGUGCAGACUGUAUUAUUACUGUUGGAGGUAUUCAAAGCAACCACUGUCGUGCGACUGCUGUGGCUGCAAGAUAUCUGAAUCUUGACUGCUACCUAAUACUACGCACUUCCAAGGUUCUAGUGGACAGAGAUCCUGGUUUGAUUGGCAAUCUCCUAGUUGAGCGAUUAGUAGGGGCUCACGUUGAACUUGUAUCAAAAGAAGAAUAUGCAAAGAUAGGCAGUGUGGCUCUUGCAGACUUGCUAAAAAAGAGAUUAUUAAGUGAAGGGAGAAAACCUUAUGUUAUUCCUGUUGGUGGAUCAAACUCUCUUGGAACAUGGGGCUACAUUGAAGCAGUAAGGGAGAUCGAGCAGCAAAUUCAGACAGGUUCUGGUGAAAUCCAUUUUGACGACAUUGUUGUUGCCUGUGGCAGUGGGGGAACAAUUGCUGGCCUUUCUCUGGGAUCAAGAUGGAGUAAUUUGAAGGCAAAAGUCCAUGCCUUUGCUGUUUGUGAUGAUCCUGGCUACUUCUACAACUUUGUUCAAGGUCUGAUUGAUGGACUUAAUGCUGGCAUUGACUCACAUGAUAUUGUCAACAUUCAAGAUGCCAAGGGCUUAGGGUAUGCUAUGAACACCAGUGAGGAGCUUAAAUUUGUUAAAGAUAUAGCAGAAGCAACAGGGGUUGUUCUUGACCCAGUUUACAGUGGAAAAGCUACCUAUGGUAUGCUGAAAGACAUGAGUGCUAAUCCAGAAAAGUGGAAAGGGCGGAAGGUUCUGUUCAUACAUACAGGCGGUCUCCUCGGGUUGUACGACAAGGCUGAGCAAAUGACAUCCAUGGUGGGGAAGUGGCGCAGGAUGGAGAUAGAUGAAUCCAUCCCACGUAAAGAUGGAGCUGGGAAGAUGUUCUGAGUGGCCGAGUCUCGUCUCCUUGGAGCUAGUUUCUUGCAAAACAGCCAAGACAUCCAGAAAGGCAGACAGCUACUUGCCAUCGAUCAUCAUGAAACUACUGCAAUUUAGAGGGAGCUGCUGAGGCUGCUCCUAGUGUGAGAAUUGUGAUAUCUUCCUUUCAAAUAAAUAAAUUUUAGAUGCUUUAUUAGUGUGGAAAAUUUAUGGGAAAAGAACAGCCGUUGUAAGCUAAUUAUCUUUACACAGAAUUGCAGCCAGAUGAAAGAUUGCUUGUAACUAGGAUUAGCAAACAGGUGAUGCAACAAAUACCUACAAAUUUAAAAUCAGGUUGCUAGCUAUUUG